AUUCGGAAUACCAAACUGUAUAACUUGUACAUACGAGAAUCGGAAACAUUUUCAUCAACUAUUCCCAGGAAGAAUGGGAGUUCAUGGUCUCUGGGAUCUUCUCGCGCCCGUAGGUCGUCGUGUUUCCGUCGAAACUCUCGCCGGGAAACGUGUUGCAAUCGACGCAAGCAUAUGGAUGAUUCAGUUCAUGAAGGCUAUGCGUGAUGAAAGAGGAGAAAUGGUGAGAAAUGCUCACUUGUUAGGAUUCUUUCGCCGCAUUUGCAAACUUCUCUUUCUUCGUACGAAACCGGUCUUCGUUUUUGAUGGUGGAACUCCUGCUUUAAAGCGAAGAACUGUUAUUGCUAGACGUAGACAGCGAGAGAAUGCACAGGCUAAGAUUCGUAAAACUGCUGAAAAGUUGCUUUUGAAUCAUGUUAAAGCAAUGCAACUGAAAGAAUUGGCUGAUAAUCUCAAACAUCAGAAAGAAAACAACAGUUCUAAGGGCAAGGAAACUUUGUUAGAAGAAUCUGACGCUUUAGAGAUUAAUAGUGCAGCAUGGGAAGGUCGCAAUCAGGAAAUGAUAGAUGAGAUGGUGGCAGCUUCAAUACUAGCGGAGGACUCUGGUGAACUGGGAACUAUAUUGAGUUCUGCAGCUGAGAUUGGUAGCUCGAGUGGAAAUACAUCUGCUUCUGCUGCUCUACUUUCCAAAGAGGAUGAGGAUGAGGAUGAUGAAGAUGAUGAAGAGAUGAUACUUCCAAUAACUGAUGGAGGUGUGGAUCCAGCUGUAUUAGCUGCUUUGCCUCCAUCUAUACAGCUUGAUCUACUUGUUCAGAUGAGGGAAAGAUUGAUGGCCGAGAAUAGACAGAAGUAUCAAAAAGUUAAAAAGGCUCCUCAGAAAUUCUCUGAACUCCAAAUUGAGGCAUAUCUUAAAACAGUAGCUUUCCGGCGUGAAAUUGAUCAAGUUCAAAAAGCGGCUUCUGGGAAGGGUGUUGGUGAUGUUCAGACUUCUCGCAUCGCAUCUGAAUCUAAUAGAGAAUACAUUUUUUCAUCAUCAUUUUCCGGUGAUAAACUACUUCUCGCGUCAGGUGGAGCUGAAAAAAAUCCUGUGGAACAACAAAGUACAGAAAAGAAGGAUUCUUCAUUUGAUAUUCUGAAUGCCAUGGUUUCUGCUACCAAGUCAAAUUCAGAAGCUGGAUCAGAUGUUGAUGGAACUGUUCAGACUUUCUUAGAUGAGAGAGGGCGUAUGCGUGUCAGUAGAAGAAGAGCUAUGGGCAUUCGUAUGACUAGCGAUUUGCAGAGGAACAUUGAUUUGCUGAAUGAACUGGAACAGGAGAGAACAGUUAGUACUGAAGCAAAUGCUCGCAAAACUCUUGAUAUGGAGGUUCAUCCUGGAAAAUCUAAAUCUUUGGAGGCACCGAAUGAAUUUAAUUGUAGCAUCAUGCAAAAUAGCGAAGUCAAAUCAUUAGAGCCUGAGAUCCCUAAAGAUACGCUAAGUGAAACUUGUAUAACGAUAUCUUUUGAUGAUCAUGAUGGGAAGCAAAACUCUCUAGAUGGUGUUGAUGACCUUUUUGCUCAUCUGGUGGCUGGGGAUCACGUACCAUUUUCUUCUGAUGACAAUUCUACCUCAGAUAUUGAAUGGGAAGAGGGUACGAUUGGUAGGGAAAGAGGGAGUUCUUCUGACGGUAAUAAACUUGAAACAAAUUCUUUUUAUGCUCUAUAUGAAAAUGACACGGGAUCUGAUGUGGAAUGGGAAGAAGGUACUAGUAUAAUGCAUGAUAAAUCUUGUAUAAAGUCUCUUGAUGUAGAAGAAAUCAGUGGUAAAGAGACCGUCAUGAAGUGGCCGGAUCAACCAUCUGAUGUUCGUGAACAUGUGCUAUCUUUUUCAGCUGAUGUCCAGAAGGCUAUCUCAAAAGGGUCUGCUGAAGAAGAAGCUGCUUUGCAGGAGGCUGUGAGGAGGAGUAUCCAGGAUCUAACUGAUGGAAAGGCAAGUUCCACCUGCAAUAUAGAACAGCAGCUGGAAAGUUGCAGUCCUUUGCCUAGCUCACAUCUGGAUAGGGUUUUGGAUGGUAAUCUGCAAUCUCAAUCAACUUUUGAUAAUCAGAAAUCUCAAUCAACAAUUGAUGAGUGUGACCGAUCUAAUCUCCUUACUGAAAAGAAUACAUUUGAGUCUAGCUUUUCUGGCACACACUUGACAUCAUCUGAUCUUACUACUGCUGGACCAGUUCAUUGCAUAGACACAAAGGACCUACAUGAGCAGCAAAUAAAUACUAGCACAGAGACUAAUCAUGAUAGUAAUUUUGAGAGUGGUUUUGUUACUCAAACAGACAUGGCUACUGAUUCUUUAAAUGGUACCAUACCCAAAAAGUUAACUGAUGACAAGGAUAAUGAUGAAGCUAUUCCCAUGAGCAAUCCUAAUGAAGUAUAUGAAUAUUUCGUUGGACAAACAACAUCUGUCUCGGCAGAGCAGACAUUACACGGUAAUUCCAAAAAGAUAGAAGGUAAAGAUGGUAUCUAUCUUGUUGGUUUGAACGAAAUAUGCCAUGAUAUGAACUUCGCUUCCAAAGAUGAGGAAAACACUCUUAAACCUCUUGGAUCCUCCUUGGAGGAUGAAUUAUUAGUGCUUGAUCAAGAAUUCAAAAGUCUUGGGGAUGAACAAAGAAAACUUGAAAGGAAUGCAGAUUCUGCUAAUGCUGAAAUGUUUGUGGAGUGUCAGGAAUUGCUCCAAAUGUUUGGCUUACCAUAUAUAAUUGCACCAAUGGAAGCAGAAGCUCAAUGUGCUUAUAUGGAGCUUGCAAAUCUUGUAGAUGGGGUUGUCACCGACGAUUCUGAUGUUUUUCUCUUUGGAGCCCAAAGUGUCUACAAAAAUAUAUUUGAUGACCGCAAAUAUGUCGAGACCUAUCUUAUGAAGGAUAUUGAAAGUGAGCUUGGGUUGAACAGAGAGAAAUUAAUUCGCAUGGCUUUGUUACUUGGAAGUGAUUAUACCGAAGGUGUAAGUGGAAUUGGUAUUGUCAAUGCUAUUGAAGUUGUAAAUGCAUUUCCUGAGGAAGAUGGGCUCCAAAAAUUUCGUGAAUGGAUUGAAUCACCUGAUCCCGCAAUUCUCGGAAAAUUAGGAGUGGAACAAAGAUCGAGUUCAAAGAAAAAAGGAUCAAGAACUUCAAAGAAGGGGACGAACAAUUCCAAAAAUAAAAGGGAAGGUUCUGCAGCUGAUUAUAACCCUGGGCAGGAAGAUGACGACAUUGAAGCUAGGAAUGAUGUUCAAAAUAAUAAGCUUUCAUUCAUGAAUAAGCAUAGAAAUGUAAGUAAAAAUUGGCACAUACCCGCUUCAUUUCCUAGCAACGCAGUGAUCUCUGCUUAUGAAGCUCCACAAGUUGAUAAAUCGACCGAGCCUUUUGCUUGGGGAAAGCCUGAUAUUUUUUCCCUCCGCAGAUUGUGCUGGGAAAAGUUUGCGUGGUCUAGCCAGAAGGCUGACGAGUUGCUUUUGCCGGUAUUAAAGGAAUACAACAAGCAUGAGACUCAAUUGCGGCUUGAAGCUUUUUAUAGUUUCAAUGAACGAUUUGCUAAAAUCCGCAGCAAGAGAAUACAAAAAGCCGUAAAAGGCAUAACUGGAAAACAAUCCUUGGACAUAGAUGAAGCUGGUGAGCACGAAAAUCCUGCAAAACAGAAAACUGAAGGACGUGCCUUUGGGAACAAAAGGAAAAAAUCCAAUGUUGGCGAAAGAACAAAUUCAGCCAAGGGGAAACAAAAAGGGGGACUGUCUACUGAAGUCAGAAGCACUGGACUUUGUACAGAGGCUGACAAACAGGGUUUGAGCCAUGCCCAAAGCAGCAGAUUGAAAGGAAGACGGAAUGGAACAGCUUCUGGAAGAAGUAAACAAAACGAUAGUUCUGAUUCUGAGCUCAAUGAUACCAGUACACGUAAUUACAACAGCAGCAGUGAUGAGCAUGAACAUGAAGCAAUUGCUCAAAGUGUGCGGAGGUCUAAGCGAGCCCGUAAACCAGCCAGCUACUUUGAGGAAGAAGAGGAAACUGAUGUUUCGACCAAGAAAUGUCGCAAGGAAGAUUUGGAAACUGCUGAUUAUAUAGAACAAGAUUUGGCAACUGAAGAUCUGCUUGAGCAAUCCUUUGCUGGAGACUACCUAGUAAAUGGUGGUGGAUUCUGUGCUGAAGAAGAGCAAGUCGAAACGGAGAGUGAUCAAAUGAGUUCAAUCCAGAGGGAUACUAGUAGCAUCGAUGCCAAUAGGGAAUACUUGCAAAUGGGUGGUGGGUUUUGUGUAGACGAUGAGGAUGAUUUGGGUCUUCGAAAAUACGAUGAAGGUGGAGCAUCUGCUUGUGGAGAAUACGAUGAGGAUGCUUAUGCUCCCAUUACUACUUGUCCAAGUGAAAAUGUUACGGCUUUACCUAGUGUUCCAGAUACUACAGUUCAGGGCGAUCUAUAUAUGGGUGAUCAACGCAAAACUACGGAUGGAAGUCUAUCGACUUUGGCACCAACUAAUAACAAGGGUGCUCCGACUUCUGUGAACCCGUUUAGCGCUAUUCCAUAUCUGAAGAAGAAGAGAAAACGUUGAUGCAAGAAAGUUCUGCAAUAUCUUUUAGUUGCUUACUUCAGAUCUUGCAACUCUUGAUAUGAUAAUAUAUUAAUAUCAUAGCACUUACUAAA